AUGUCAGCACUGUGGUCGCACUUCCAGAAGACGGACACACGACGAGGUGCCAUCCUCGUUGCGACAGCUGUCUUCCUCCUCGCGACCCUCGGGAGUCUCCUGAGUCUGCGGCCGUACUUCCACCGCCCUGAACCAUUGGCUACUGGCUCGGGACCUCACGAUGUCGGGUUCAGAUGGCAGGAUGUACCUGUACGCUAUCCGGUGACCUCGCUGCUGCCCAUGCCUACGGCGCCAGCGGCAGUGAUACCGAGGAUCCAGCAUGAGUUCAAGGAAGAGAGCGCCGAGGCCAGAAAAGUACGGAUAGAAAGGCAGGGUGCGGUCAAAGAAGCAUUCGUGCAUGCGUGGAAUGGAUACAAAGAGCAUGCGUGGCUGUCAGACGAAGUACACCCGGUGUCAGGGAAUACGGACGAUGGGUUUGGCCGGUGGGCUGCGACGCUGGUAGACUCGCUCGAUAUUUUAUGGAUAUUAGGCCUGAAAGAUGAGUUCACGGAAGCGGUGGAAGCGACGAUACGCAUAGACUUUACCGAGUCCAGUAUACCAAAAGUCAACAUCUUCGAGACGACGAUCAGAUACUUGGGUGGGUUCCUGGCCGCGUAUGAUCUAUGUGAUGGUGAGCGGGAGAAGUCUAUCUUGAUCAUGAAAGCGAAGGAAGUGGGAGAGAUGCUGAUGGUAGCGUUCGACGCCCCAAAUCGCAUGCCCGUGAGUCGUUGGGACUGGAAAAGAGUACGAAAGGGAGAUAAGCAGGUUGCUGGUGACUAUGUCAACGCGGCAGAGGUGGGAUCGCUAUGUCUCGAGUUUACUCGCCUCUCGCAGAUCACUGGCGACGGACGAUGGUUCGACGCAGCGCAACGUACAACAGAUCAUCUUGACGAGCAACAAAUGCAGACCAAUCUGCCCGGCAUGUGGCCGAUGCAUCUCAAUGUCAGCGGCCUCGACUUUCGAACAGACAGCAGAUACACACUGGGCUCGAAUGCGGACUCGAUGUAUGAGUACUUGCCCAAACAGCGUCUCCUGCUCUCAGGCCGGACGGACCAGUAUCGCCACCUCUACGAGCGCGCAGCAGAGGUCUUCAAGCCCCAGAUUCUCUAUAGACCAAUGACACCAAACGACACCGAUAUCCUCUUCUUUGGAGCCGUGACAGCCUUUGGCAACGCCACAGAACCUUCACUCUCAGGAGAAAUGCAACACCUCGUCUGCUUCUCCGGUGGCAUGGUAGCCCUCGCCGCCAAAGCCUUCUCCCGCCCGGACGAUCUCGAAACCGCCCGCCGCCUUAUAGACGGCUGCACCUGGCUCUACAACAGCCUACCCAACGGCAUCAUGCCCGAGCCAAGUCGCCACACCCAUUGCCCCAGCCAGAAGGCUUCAAACUGCAAGUGGAAUGAAACCCUCUGGCUCUCUCGGGUCGAACAAGAAAACAUCGACAAACACUGCGAUCCGAAACAGACACCACCCCGCGGCUACACCAACGUGAAGAACAAGCGCUACGAGCUCCGUCCCGAAGCAAUCGAGUCCGUCUUCAUCUGGUACCGUAUCAGCGGCGACACUGCGUACCAAGACGCCGCAUGGAAGAUGUUCGAAGCGGUGCAGAAGCACACUAGGACUAAGAUCGCGAACACGGAGCUAGAGGAUAUUUUGAGCGAUCCGCCGAAGAAGGCGGACCGGAUGCAGAGUUUUUGGUUGGCGGAGACGUUGAAGUACUAUUAUUUGAUAUUUUCCGAGCCGGGGCUGGUGAGUUUGGAUGAGUGGGUGUUGUAUACUGAGGCGCAUCCGUUUAAGAGGGAAGCCGCUGCAUUGAUGCCACAAAACGAGGCUUAUCUACUGUAG